AUGACUGGCCUUCUCACCAAGCUCCUGGGCCUCUCGGCCUACACUGGGCUCGUCGCCAUCACCCUGCCCUACAUCCAGCAGUGCGAUACCCCCUCGCGCGCCCUGGCGUCCCUUAAUGCCCUCCUCUCGCCCCCGCCAGACGACACCUUCGUCCAAAACGCGCCGGCGGAGCCCUUCGUCUGCGCCGCCCAGAACUACACGACGCAGAUCGUCUCGCUCGACCCGCUUGUCAUCUACAUCCGCGACUUCCUCAACGAGGCCGACAUCGCCGGCCUCCUGGCGGCGGGCGAGGACGGGUUUCGCCCGAGCUACGUUUUCAAGGACGGCGUCGCGCAGGGCACGCCGGACCGGACGUCGUGGUCGGCGGGGCUGCCGGCCGAGGACGCGGUGGUGCGGUGCGUGACGCGGCGGGCCGAGGGGUUCAUGGGCGCGGCGCUGGCGCCGGGGCGCGACGAGGUCGGCGCGCCGCAGCUGGUGCGGUACACGGCGGGGCAGCGGUUCAACGUGCACCACGACUGGUACGACACGUUCCAGCCGGACGCGCGGACGGGGCGGGACCGGCAGUGGAACCGCUUCGCGAGCUUCCUGGCCGUGCUGGAGGACGGGUGCGCGGGGGGCGAGACGUGGUUCCCGCGGGUGCGGGCGGCGACGCCACAGCACCACCUGGCGGAAGAGGCGGAGGGGGCGCGGCACUGGAGGCGGCACGAGGACGGCGGGCUGGCGUUCCGGCCGGUGCGGGGCAACGCGGUGUUCUGGGUGAACCUGCACGCGAACGGGAAGGGCGACGAGAGGGUGGUGCACGCGGGACUGCCGGUGGCGUCUGGGGUGAAGACGGCGAUGAACAUCUGGCCGAGGCGGUACCUCGGGCCCGAGGCGUGGGCGGAUGGGGAGGAGCCCCCGGUGGAGGAGGAAGACGGCGACGCUGCGGGGGCUGGCGAGGGCCGCAUGGGAGGGGAUGAGGAUGUUGAGGAGGAUCUGGUGGUUGACGAUGCUGAGGUCGAUCCGAUCUAG